AUGCCUCGAAUUUGGUGCAUCUAUUGCGGUUUGCGCAAGCAUGGCACCGUUCAUUCACAGCUGCUGUCCCACAUUCUUAUGCACUUGAAAGAUGGAAUCACGAAUGUGAUCGCUCAGCGAUGGUCCAAUAGCACCAAUGAACGGGAAGACGAACGCAUACCAGUGGAAAAUGAUCUUGUCGCGCAGAAGGCAAUGUCCAAUAAACUCUCUAUACAAAUGUUGGAACAUCCACCACCAAAAAUAAGUGAUUCCAAGUUAGCAACUCCCCUGAAAAAGAAGGUCACUGGCAGCUUGAAGUACUUCCAGAAUGUUCAGCAUCUCGACUACGACAAUUUAAAUCUGGAUGAUUAA